AUGAAUGCCGACAUCCCUGCACUCGAUUGUCGAGAAGUCGUUGAAGAUCUGGUAGACCGUCUGGGCUCUCUAAGCUUUUUUCUGGACGGUAUUUAUGACUUAAUGAAAUUCAGUAACUUGGAAGACUAUGAAUUACAACGCUACAGUCGAAAGAUAAUCGCGUUGACUGAGGUAAAUAUGUUCUCAAGUCUCGCAAAUUCUUUCAAUAAUGUUCUCGGUAUGAAGGGCGCACGCAUGACUCUCAAACGUGAGGGAGUGGUCUUGUACCUUUUCGUUCUUUGUCCAGAGGAACUUUUGCCGUACAAGUCGGCGUAUUUCAAAACACUUGUUUGGAUCAGACGCCGCAGGCACGCGUUUCCCGCUGACAUAGGGGAUCGAAUCGCUUCGCUUCUGUUUGUUCUAGAGAGUAAUUUCGUCAUACGGUGCGGAGGAGUGGACACUCGUGCCCAACUGGGCAUUGAGGAGUUGCUAGUGCCUAAGAACCCACUAGCCGCUUGUAAAAGCACCGCUCAAAUUGCAGCACAUACUACUGCUGUCCCGUCGGCACGGACGUCAUACGCAACGUCGGACGUUAUGUUACCACCGGAUGCUUGGGCGAAAAAAAAGCACAGAAUCCACCAGCUUGCAAAAUAUGUGAAGUCAGAAGCUGCAAAUACGUACUAUCCACCAGCUCCUCACCAAUACCUGCCGAGCGACAACUGGGAGCCCCCUCGUCUUCGAAGGCCAUUUGUUCGAACAAAAGCCCAACGUUUUGAGGUUGGCACUAGGAAGCAGUCGUCACUUGAUGACCUUUUCAAUCUCCAACCUUUUUCCCUGGACUAA